AAGUAUCAUUGGAAACCUCGAUAUUGGAAGAGACAGAGUGCGAGUCGGUCUGGUACAGUUCAGUAAUUACGCAGAAACUGAAUUCUAUCUGAACACUUAUUCUUCUGAAGAUAAAAUUCUGCUUCAUGUGCAAGGACUCCGAUUGAGAGGUGGGACGCCAUUAAACACUGGAGCAGCACUCGACUAUGUUUAUAGAAAUCACUUCAUCAGAUCUUCAGGAAGUAGGAAAGAGGAAGGGGUUCCUCAGUUACUGGUGCUCAUCACUGCUGGGAGAUCCAGAGAUUAUAUCAAACAAUCUGUGGAUGCACUGAAACGAGCUGAAGUAACAAUGUUUGCUAUUGGAACCAGGAAUGCAGACUCAGCACAACUCAGAGAGAUUGCAAGUGACCCUAGUUUGCUUCUCAGUGUUGAAGAAUUCCGCUCCCUGCCUCAUACACAGGAGCAGCUGAUGAUUUCAAUGUCAAAUCCACCUGCACCACCAGAAUCGACAGACCGCCCAAGUGUUCCAGUAAACCCAGAAAAGAUAAGCAAACGAGACAUUGUGUUCCUUAUCGAUGGGUCAGACUAUGUUGGGAACAGAGAUUUUCCUUUUGUACGUGACUUUCUCUCAAGUAUCAUCGAAAACCUCGAUAUUGGAAGAGACAGAGUGCGAGUCGGUCUGGUCCAGUUCAGUAAUUACGCACAAACUGAAUUCUAUCUGAACACUUAUUCUUCUGAAGAUGAAAUUCUGCCUCAUGUGCAAGGACUCCGACUGAGAGGUGGGACGCCAUUAAACACUGGAGCAGCACUCGACUAUGUUUAUAGAAAUCACUUCACCAGGUCUUCUGGAAGUAGGAAAGAGGAAGGGGUUCCUCAGUUACUGGUGCUCAUCACUGCUGGGAGAUCCAGAGAUUAUAUCAAACAAUCUGUGGAUGCACUGAAACGAGCUGAAGUAACAAUGUUUACUGUUGGAACCAGGAAUGCAGACUCAGCACAACUCAGAGAGAUUGCAAGUGACCCUAGUUUGCUUCUCAGUAUUGACGAAUUCCGCUCUCUGCCUCAUACACAGGAGCAGUUGAUGAUUUCAAUGUCAAACCCACCUGCAGCACCAGAAUCGACAGACCGCCUAAGUGUUCCCGUAAAUCCAGGUGUGCCAGAUGGAGGAAGCAAGAGAGACAUUGUGUUCCUUAUCGAUGGGUCAGACUAUGUUGGAAACGAUGAUUUUCCUUUUGUACGUGACUUUCUCUCAAGUAUCAUCGAAAACCUCGAUAUUGGAAGUGACAGAGUGCGAGUCGGUCUGGUACAGUUCAGUAAUUACGCAGAAUCUGAAUUCUAUCUGAACACUUAUUCUUCUGAAGAUGAAAUUCUGCCUCAUGUGCAAGGACUCCGAUUGAGAGGUGGGACGCCAUUAAACACUGGAGCAGCACUCGACUAUGUUUAUAGAAAUCACUUCACCAGGUCUUCAGGAAGUAGGAAAGAGGAAGGGGUUCCUCAGUUACUGGUGCUCAUCACUGCUGGGAGAUCCAGAGAUUAUAUCAAACAAUCUGUGGAUGCACUGAAACGAGCUGAAGUAACAAUGUUUGCUAUUGGAACCAGGAAUGCAGACUCAGCACAACUCAGAGAGAUUGCAAGUGACCCUAGUUUGCUUCUCAGUAUUGACAAAUUCCGUUCUCUGCCUCAUACACAGGAGCAGCUGAUGAUUUCAAUGUCAAACCCACCUGCAGCACCAGAAUCGACAGACCGCACAAGUGUUCCCGUAAAUCCAGGUGUGCCAGACGGAGGAAGCAAGAGAGACAUUGUGUUCCUUAUCGAUGGAUCUGACAAUGUCGGGAAAAGAAAUGUUCCUUUUGUCCGUGAUUUUCUCACAAGUAUUAUAGAAAAUCUUGAUAUUGACAGUGACAAAGUGCAAGUCGGACUGGUACAGUACAGCAAUUUUGCAGAAACUGAAUUCUAUCUGAACACUUAUUCUUCUGAAGAUGAAAUUCUUUCCCAUGUGGAAGGACUAAGACUGAGAGGUAGGAAUACUCUUAAUACUGGAGCAGCACUGGAUUAUGUCCUUAGAAAUCACUUUACCAGAUCUUCAGGAAGUAGAAAAGAGGAAGGUGUUCCUCAGUUAUUGGUGCUCAUCACUGCUGGAAGAUCUAGUGAUGAUUUUAAACUACCUGCGGAUGCAUUGAAGCAAGCUGCAGUCAUUAUCUUUGCCAUAGGAACCAAAGAUGUAGACCCAGCACAAUUAAAAGAAAUUGCAAUUGACCCUAGUUUGGUCUUCAGCAUUCAAGAAUUCAGCUCUCUGCCAAAUAUACAGGAGCAGUUAAUGACACCAUUAUCAACUCUGGCUGCCUCAAGAGUACCAACUCAAAGGCCAACUGUUGCUGUUACACAAGUUGCUUCUGAAGAAGGGAUGAAGAGAGAUAUUGUGUUCCUUAUCGAUGGAUCAGAUAAUGUUGGAAGCACACAUUUUGCUCUUGUCCGUGAUUUUCUCAUAAAUAUAAUAGAGAAUCUCGAUAUUGGACUUGGCAGAGUUCAAGUAGGUCUGAUACAGUACAGCACAUACGCAGAUACUGAGUUCUACUUGAACACCUACUUAUCCAAGGCUGAUAUUCUGUCUCAUGUGAGAAGACUGAGGCUGAAAGGUGGGGCCAGACGGAAUACGGGUGCAGCCAUGGAUCAUGCCUAUCGAUACCAUUUCAUCAACUCUGCAGGAAGUAGGAAAAGCAAUGGCGUUGCUCAGUUUUUGGUGCUCAUCACUGGUGGAACAUCUAGCGAUGAUGUUAAUCGAGCUGCUGCUGCAUUGAAACGAGCUGCUAUAAUGAGCUUUGCAGUCGGAGUCAAGAAUGCAGCUUUAGCAGAGCUGAAUGAGAUUGCCAUUGAUCCCAGUUUAGUCUUCAGUUUAAGUGAAUUCCGUUCUUUACGAAAUAUACAAGAGGACGUGACAACACUAUUGUCAACUCUGCCUUCUCCACGGGUAAUACCUGAAGAGCCAACUGUUGUCAUUGAACCAGUUGCACCAGAAGGAGGAAUUAAGAGAGACAUUGUGUUCCUCGUUGAUGCAUCAGACAAUGUUGAAAGGACAAAUUUUCCUUUAGUCCGUGACUUUCUGUCAAGUAUAUUGGAACACCUCGAUAUCGGAAGUGACAGAGUGAGAAUCGGUCUGGCGCAGUAUAGUAAUUACGCAGAAACAGAAUUCUAUCUGAAUACGUAUUCUUCUGAAGAUGAAAUUCUAACGCAUGUGAAAGGGCUCAGACUAAGAGGCGGGAGGACCCUUUACACAGGAGCAGCAUUGGACUCUGUCCUCCGCUAUCAUUUCACUAGAUCUGCAGGAAGUAGGAAAGAUGAAGGUGUUCCUCAGGUGUUGGUACUCAUCACUAGUGGAAGCUCUGGAGAUGAUGUUAAACCACCUGCAGAUAAAAUGAAGCAAGAUGCUUUGGUAACCUUUGUUAUAGGAGCCAGGAAUGCUAACCCAGCCCAGAUGAAAGAAAUUGCAAGUAACCCAGGUCUGGUCUUCAGCGUACAGGAAUUCCAAUCCCUACCAGACAUAAAGGAACAAGUGACAUCCUCAUUACUGACAUUGGCUGCUCCACCAAUAACUGAGGACAAGACAAAAGUAAUUGCUGAAAGAGUAACGGAUACUGUUGCAGAAGUUACACCCGAAGCUGAGAACAAGAAAGAUAUUGUGUUUCUGAUUGAUGAAUCCGAUAAUAUUGGGAAUUCAAAUCUACCAUAUGUGCGUGACUUUAUCAUAAGAAUAAUUGAGAACCUGGACAUUGGACGUGACAGAGUGCAAGCUGGGUUGGUACUGUACAGUAAUAAUCCUGAAACUGAGUUUUACCUUAACUCCUACACAAGAAAGGAUGAACUGCUGUCUCUACUGAGAAUGCUCAGAUUUAAAGGUGCCAGGACAGCCAACACUGGCAAAGCAUUGGACUUUGUCCUCAGAUACCACUUUACCAAGUCUUCAGGCAGCAGAAAAGAGGAGGGUGUUCCUCAGUUUUUAGUGCUGAUUACUGGUGGGAAGUCUGGGGAUGAUAUCAAAGCAUCUGCAACUGCAUUGAAACAAGCUGCUAUAAUGACCUUUGCCAUUGGAGUCAGAAAUAUGGACACAGCUCAACUAAAUGAAAUGGCAUUUGAACCCAGUUUGGUUUACAAUCUAAGGGAUUUCUAUUCACUAUCAGAUGUGCAAGAAAAAAUAUUGCCCCAAAUACAAAGGCUGCGUGUUCCACAAAUAAUUAUCGAUGAGCUAAAAGUAGACAUUCGACAACCGACUGUUACACCUACAGAAGUUCCUGCAGUCAGAAAGAGAGAUAUCGUCUUCCUAAUUGCUGGAUCGUCUGGGAUGGGAAGAUCAUUUGUUCAAGUCCGAGAGUUUCUGAAGAAAAUAAUCCAGGAGCUUGAUAUUGGACCGGAGAAAGAUCAAGUGGCCGUGGUACAAUACAGUUUUGACCCAAAACUUGAAUUUGACCUCACCACUCAUUCAACUAGAGAUACAGUUUCAGAUGCAAUUAAAAAGCUGAGAUUGAAACCAGGAAGACCCCUCAAUACUGGUGCUGCACUGGACUAUGUCACAAGGAAUGUCUUCAGUCCAUCCGCAGGGAGCAGAGGAGCUGAUGGAGCUUCACAAAUCCUGGUACUCAUCACUGUUGAGAAAUCCAGCGAUGAUGUUGGACAGGCAGCAGAUGCAAUGAAACAGGCUGGUAUCGUGCCCAUUGCUAUUGGAGCCAAGAAUGCAGAUACAGCAGAACUACAACAGAUAGUGUCUCAUCCUGACUCUGCUUUCAGACUGGGAGACUUCCAAGAAUUGCCAAAUAUUCAACAAGAGUUAUUGUCGAAAGUUAGAGCAGUGUUUGUGGUUGUGGAACCAACAGUUCCCACUGAAGUUGUACGAAGGGAAAUGAGUGAGAGAGAUGUUGUCUUCCUUAUCGAUGGAUCAGACAAUGUUGGAAACACCAAUUUACCUUAUGUCAAGGACUUCAUCACAAGAAUAAUUCGGAACUUAGACAUUGGAAAUGACAGGGUGCGAGUAGGUCUGGCACAGUACAGUGACGACACCGAAGCUGAAUUCUAUCUAAACACAUACUCUUCGGAAGCUGACCUUCUGUCUCAUAUCAGAAGCUUCACAUUGAGAGGGGGGGCAACGGUCAACACUGGUUCAGCAUUGGAUUUUGCCAGUAAAUACUAUUUCACUAGUUCUGCAGGAAGUCGAAUAAAAGAAAACAUCCCUCAGUUUUUGAUACUUGUUACUAGUGGAAGAUCGGAUGAUGAUGUAGAAGCACCAUCAGAUGCUUUGAAACGAGCUGCAGUAAUGACCUUUCCUGUUGGAGUCAGUCACACAGACCCAGCCCAGUUAGAAGAGAUGGCAAUUGACCCAAGUUUGAUCUUCAGUGUAAAUGAUUUCCACUCUCUGCCAGACUUACUGAAUCAGAUGAUAAUACCACUGACCACACUGGCAGUUCCAACAGUUAUCGAAGAACCAAUAACUAUUGAAGACAAAGUGGUUACAACAGAAGCCAGGAAGAGAGAUAUUGUCUUCCUAAUUGAUGGGUCUCCUGGAAUGGGAAGAUCCUUUCCUCUAGUCCGUGAUUUUGUUAAGAAAGUAGUUCAGGAGCUUGAAAUUGGACCUGACAAAGACCAAGUUGCUGUGGUACAAUACAGUUCUGACUCAAGAGUUGAAUUUGGCCUCAAUACUCAUUCCACCAAAGAUGAGGUAUUCAAUGCAGUACAAAAGCUGAGACUGAAAACAGGGAGACCCCUCAACACCGGUGCUGCACUGAACUAUGUCACAAGGAAUGUCUUCAGUCCAUCUGCAGGGAGCAGAGGCAUUGCUGGAGCUACGCAAAUCCUGGUGCUCAUCACCGCUGGGAAAUCCAAAGAUGAUGUUGGACAGGCAGCAGAUGCAAUGAAGCAGGCUGGUAUCGUGCCCAUUGCUAUUGGAGCCAAGAUGGCCGAAACAGCAGAGCUUCAUAAGAUCGUUUAUGAACCGAAUUUUGUUUUGAAACUGGGAGAUUUCAAGGAAUUACAAAGUAUUCAAAAGGAGUUGGUAGCUAAAGUUAAAACCGUUUUCAUUAUUGAGGAAAUAACUACUGUUAAUACUGAAGUCUCACCUGAAGAAGUGAACAAGAGAGAUAUUGUGUUCCUUAUAGAUGGAUCAGAGAAUGUUGGAAACACAAAUUUACAUCUUGUCCAUGAUUUCAUCAGAAAUAUAGUUGAGAAUCUAAAUAUUGGCAGUGACCGAGUGCGAGUGGGUCUAGCACAGUUCAGUCACAAUGCAGAAACAGAAUUCUAUCUUAACACCUACUCAUCAAAAGCUGACAUUCUGCGUCAUGUCAAAGGACUCCAGUUAAAAGGUGGCACAAUGCUCAAUACUGGCACAGCACUGGACUUUGUCUUGAGGAACCACUUCACUAGUCGUGCUGGAAGCAGAAAAGAGCAAGGGGUUCCUCAAUUUCUGGUGUUGUUCACUGGAGGUACAUCAAUGGAUGCUGUGAAACCAUUUGCAGAUAAACUAAAGCAAGCUGCCGUAACGACAUUUGCCGUUGGAGUACGACACGCAGAUUCAGCUGAGUUACAAGAAAUUGCAACUGGCCCCAAUUUAGUUUUCAGUGUCAAGGAAUUCCGAAAUCUACCCCAUGUACAGGAAAGGGUGAUGACACCAUUGUCGAUACUAACUGCUCCAACAGCAACAACUAAAGAGUCAAAUGUAAUUGCUGGUGAAUCAGCGGUUACGAGUGAAGAAGCUCCUGCAGCCAGGCAAACAGAUAUUGUCUUCCUUAUUGAUGGCACACUUGGAAUGGGUAAAGCAUUUCCCCUAGUUCGUGCAUUUCUGCUUAAAGUAAUCCAGGAACUCGACAUUGGCCCUGACAAAGAUCAAAUUGCUAUGGUGCAAUAUAGUCAUGACUCAAAAACUGAAUUCAGACUUAAUACUUACGCAAGUAAAGAUGAAGUAUUGGCUGCAACAACAUUGCUCAGACGGAAAACAGGAAGAGCCCUCAACACUGGCGCGGCACUGAACUAUGUUACAAGAAAUGUCUUUAUCGCAUCUGCUGGGAGCAGAAAAGAUAUGGGAGCUACACAGAUUCUGGUGCUGAUCACUGCUGGCAAGUCCAGGGAUGAUGUCGGACAGGCAGCACAUGCUUUAAAGAGAGCUGGUAUAGUGCCCAUUGUUAUUGGAGCCAAAGCUGUCCAUUCUGCAGAGCUACAACAGAUAGUUUAUUCUCCUGAUUUCAUCUUUAUACAAAAGACCUUUCAGACUAUAGCACAAAUCCAACAACAGUUGAUAUCGAUACUGAAAUCAGUUUCUCUUGAACCACUUGACGAUCAGCCUCAAUGAAUGAUAUGAUUGUUGUGCUUGUGGAUUUUUGUAUUGCACCAUUCAAGUUCCUCUCCAUAGAUUAAAACUACAGAAGAAUAAGGAAGAACAAUAGUCAUGAAUAAAUCACUGCAAUCAGAGCAACAUGAAGACUGACUAUCUUUGGAAGCCAUCCUUUUGACAAUAAUUUUCUGAUUUAUCUUAGUGUGUUCAACUAUCAGUGUAAAAUUAUAUCUAUAUAUCUGGCAUAUUUUAUAAAAUUAUUUACAAAUUAUAGUCAACAGAAUUAUCUGGGAUAAACAUGGGCAGAAUAUAAAGGAACUAGACAGCGCUGUUUACUCAAUUUCAUUGCUCCACACUCCAGCACCUUUUAGCAGUUUGAGAGAUUAUGGUUAAACAGGGACAGGGCAUGAUUGAAUGUUAAGUUAUCUCUAUCAUGAGCAAUUUUUUUUUGUUACGCUCAUUUUUUGUUUUGUUUGGGUUGCAUAUAAACACCAACUCUGAUCAGCUACUGCUUAGUAUGUAUGUAUAUUUCCAAAUCCAAUUUUCUCAGCUAUCUGUCUACUCAAGAAAUGAUCAGAAUUUCUUGUUCCCACCAAAUUAUCUCUUUCUAACUGCAUGGCUGCCAAAGUUCCAUCAAAAUUUGAAAGUAGCUCUCACAAACCAACCUGGGUUUAAAUCCUCUAUAUUCCAUCAGGAAUUUCUAAAGUAACAAAUAAAAGUUGAUUUUAAAAUGAAA